AUGUCACUGUCAAAAGACUCCUCAAUUUUGAUCAUUGGAGCUGGAACGUUUGGAACAAGCACAGCCUUUCACUUAGCAAAACGUGGCUAUACCAACAUUGUAUGCAUUGAUCGACAUCCUUGGCCGAGUCAAGACUCAGCUGGCUAUGACCUCAAUAAGAUCAUUCGGACCGAGUAUGAAGAGGAGCUGUACACUGAGCUAGCUCUUGAAGCAUUAAAUGCCUGGCGACAACCUAUGUGGAAUGGCAUCUUCUAUGAGACGGGGCGUAUAACGACAACGAGUGGGGAUCCAGACGCAGUUCAAAAUCUAAAAGAAUCCUAUGAGAACCUGUGUAAAGCUGGCGCAGCCAAAUCUAUCGAGUUGAUAGAAGGCAAAGAACAAAUAGUGAAACACUGCCCUCAGCUAGCAGGCGCAGUAGGCCUAGAAGAAUGGAAGGGUCUUUGGAAUCGGGAGGCCGGUUGGGCACACGCUCGAAAAGCCCUUGAGAAGUUAGCAGCAGAGUCGGAGAGAAUGGGCGUCAGGUUCAUUUCUGGCCGUAGAGGAACGAUGACAGGGCUUGAACUUGACACCAACAAUAUGUUACUCGGAGUGAAAGUUGCCUCGGGUGAAAUAUUAAGGGCCGAACGGUAUAUACUAUCUACAGGGGCGGCGUCCCCAGGAUUAUUGCCCGAUAUCCUAUCCACACAGUUGUGGUCAAAGUGCUGGACUCUUGCCCACGUCGCCCUUUCAGAAGAAGAAAUCGCACAAUGGAAAGGAAUCCCAGUUAUUGACAACAUGGAAUUGGGUUUUACAUUUGAGCCGGAUCCAGAGACCAAAUUGAUGAAAAUCUGCAACGCCUUUCCUGGCUACCAAUGCCGUCAAGGCGAGUAUACCGAUUUGAAGACCGGCAAGAAGACCAUCUUUUCCAUCCCACGCUAUGCCAGCGAUUAUCCAGAGGACGGAAUUCCCACCGAAGCAGCGGAUGGAAUCAGGCGGUUCAUCGCGGCCGUCAUGCCUCAAUUCUCGGGCCGGCCACUUGUGGAAGCCCGGGUCUGCUGGUGUACCGACUCGCCAGAUUCACAUUAUUUAAUAGACAAACAUCCUAGGCAUGAAAAUCUGUUGCUAGCAACAGGUGAUAGUGGUCAUGCUUUUAAGAUGCUUCCUAUAAUUGGCGACUACAUUGCCGAUGCCCUCGAGGGGUCGGAGCGUGGGUUGAAGAAACAGUGGAGUUAUGGUGGCCGGAAAGAGAUUAGGAAUGUGACCAGACCAGGGACUGAGAUAAAGGACAUCAGAGAUGUUCUAGAUCCUUCAAGGAAAGGAGCAAAAUUAUAA